AUGACACAACUUGAAGAGUAUCUGGAGGGAAUUGUCAAUAUCUUUCACCAAUACUCAGUUCGGAAGGGGCAUUUUGACACCCUCUCUAAGGGUGAGCUGAAGCAGCUGCUGACAAAGGAGCUUGCAAACACCAUCAAGAAUACCAAAAAUAACGCUGUCAUUAAUGAAAUAUUCCAAGGCCUGGAUGCUAAUCAAGAUGAACAGGUCGACUUUCAGGAAUUCAUAUCCCUGGCAGCCAUUGCGCUGAAGGCUGCCCAUGACCACACCCAUAAAUAGUAGGUAGCUCUCUGAAGGCCUUUUACCCAGCAAUGUCCUCAACAAGGGUCCUUUC